AUGGCUAGUCUUUACAAUCACACAAGUGAAUCACAAGCACUUCUUAAUAAUGAUCCUUGGUUUGCAGCGCUUGGAAAGUCAUGCAUCCACUUGACCUGGAGUGACCGGGGUGCCAUAUCUCUUGAUGGUCUAGACCUGAAAGUUGUGGAUAAUGUUGAAGAGGCUGAAUUCAUUUUGGUCCAUGGCACUGAAGUACUGGGGCUUUCUUCUGGAUCUGCUGUUCCAAAGCAACUGGAAGAACUUGAAAAAAUAUUGGAACAAUGUGCUUUAAGAAAAAUCCCUAUGGUGGUGGCCAAUCCAGACUAUGUAACUGUUGAGGCCAGAGCACUUCGAGUUAUGCCCGGAACGCUUGCAGCAAAAUAUGAGCAACUUGGCGGAGAAGUCAAGUGGAUGGGAAAGCCUGGAAAGAUUAUCUAUGAAUCAGCCAUGGCCAUGGCAGGUGUGGAUGCACCAGAAUGCAUUGCUGUAGGAGACUCACUGCACCAUGACAUAAUGGGUGCAAAUGUCGCUGGAAUGCAGUCUGUAUUCAUCACAGGAGGCAUCCAUGCGGAUGAACUUGGACUUCACCAUUUUGGUGAAGUAGCUGAAGCUUCAAAAGUACAAGAGCUGGCGUCCAAAUGUGGCGCUUAUCCCACCUAUGUUGUACCUGCUUUCUCCUGGUGAGAGUAUAACUUAGAAGAGUACAUUUCUCUCUUAGUGAAUAUCUCGAUCCAAGAAGUUAUACUUGAUCAUGAAAAAUACCACCUGAAUGUAUCUCUUGGCUUGUUUGAAAAGGCAAUGUCAAUUGUAAAGUCAGCCAUAAUUCUUUCGUUA